AUGCCGUCAUUUCUCAAUAGGGCAACGGCCGCCGCCAAGAGUCUGUCUACUGCUCCGAUCCAGAGCCCCGUCUCUCUGGAUAAGGUGACUCAAAAGCUCGGAAUAUCUAAUAUUUCGGAAACGAUUUCGGCGUGGAGAGAAACAGAAGAGCAGGAAAAUCCACCUCGUUAUGCAAGCUCCUCGCCUGUCUCCGGGGGCAAUAAUGUCAAAUUCCACGUCAACGGGUGCGCCUAUUUCUGGGCUGUCUCGGAGGCCCUUUUGACAGUGAAAGAGUCUGUGUGGAUUCUUGGAUGGUGGGUGUCGCCCGAGGUUUAUCUGAGACGCCCUCCGUCGGAAAAUGAACAGUAUCGGCUGGACCGCAUGCUGCUGGCUGCAGCGGAGCGUGGCGUCAAAGUGAAUGUGGUGGUCUUCAAGGAGGUCCCUCAGGUCAUGUACCUCUCUUCCAAACACACCAAGCGUGCUCUGGAGGCUUUGCACCCGAACAUCUCAGUUUUUCGAUACCCCGACCUCAUCCAGGGAGCACAGGGAAUCAUGUCUUCCACCAAAGGGCUGCUACAGAGUAUUACUGCGGCCGGAAUAUCAGGCCUCGGGAAAAUCUCAGAUGAGACGCUCCAGACUAUGUUUGGCAUUGCAGGCGGACCGACACUGCUCUGGGCUCACCAUGAAAAACUCGUCAUCUGCGAUCAGAGAGUUGCCUUUUUAGGUGGUAUUGACUUGUCGUACGGGCGAUGGGACACUAUUCAACACCCCAUUGCAGAUGCUCACCCUGGGAACCUUGAUGACAUUGUUUUCCCCGGUCAGGACUACAAUAAUGCUCGGGUCAUGGAUUUCAAAAACUUAGAUCGAUGGGAGCACAACAGACUCAGUCGCUUGACUACCUCCCGUAUGGGCUGGCAAGAUGUCUCGGUCAGUUUGAUGGGUCCUGCCGUCGCUGAGCUGAGUCGCCAUUUUGUCGAGCGCUGGAACUUUAUCCACAACCUGAAAUACAACGCUCGUCUGCCUGGGUUUCGGGCUUACGAGGCCCUGCCACCGGCCAAGCCUCCACCCACUACGCCUGAAUUGCCCAUAGGAUCAGUUUUCUGCCAGCUAGUCAGGAGUGUUGGUCGGUGGAGCAACGGGAUAUCGACCGAAAAUAGCAUCUACAACGCGUAUAUCGACGUUAUUGAGAAAAGCGAGCAUUUUGUCUAUCUGGAACAACAAUUCUUCAUCACCUCCACUGGAACGUGGCUCGGUACCGUAUGGAACCGUGUGGGAGAGGCUCUGGUGGCACGAAUCUUGCGCGCUGCUCGUGAAGGGAAACGGUACAAAGUGUUAGUCGUGAUGCCAGCAGUCCCUGCGUUCCCGGGCGACUUGCAGAGCCUGAUCUCGGGACACCCGCCUCGCGCGAUCAUGAAACUCCAAUACAAGUCCAUCAACCGGGGAGGCUUCAGUAUCAUAGACAAGAUCAAGAGAGCCGGGGUCAAUCCCGACGAGUACAUCCGCUUCUACAAUCUGAGGACCUACGACCGGAUCAAUGAGAGCGGAGUGUUGCAGCAAGCCACCGAGGCAAGCCAUGUGGACUACAACGCUGCCAGCCAGGAGCACGAUGAUAUGGUCGAUCCAUUCGGCCUUCGCGCACAGAAUGAGAUCGGUGAAUUUGAGCCCACUGAGAUAACAGCCGACCAUAAAGCGUACCGUGCUUACCAGAAGGCAUCCACCGGCCGCAGCAGCGACUGGGAUACCGUGAGCUCCUGCUACAUGCUCGAUGGUGAGGACAUUCGGAACGUUCCUUGGACCGCUGGGGGUUCUGUCCAUCAAAUUGAUGCUUUCGUCAGUGAGGAACUCUACGUACACUCCAAGGUUCUCAUAGCCGAUGAUCGAGUGGUCGUCUGCGGCUCGGCCAACCUGAACGACCGCUCGCUUAAGGGAAGUCGGGACUCGGAGAUCGCGCUCGUCGUUGAGGAUCAGGCGACCUUAAACACAACAAUGAACAGUCAGCCGUUUCAGGCUAGCAGGUUCGCUGCCACUCUAAGACGAUACCUUUUCCGCAAACAUCUCGGCCUCCUACUGCCGCAGGACAUGCGCAAGCCUGAUAGCCACUUCCUGCCAGCCCCGGUACCCAACGAUUACGACUACGGCUCGGCUGAAGAUCAGCUUGUUGCAGACCCCCUGGGGGACGAGUUUUGGGAGCUGUGGAACAGCGUUGCAAGCACAAACACCCUAGCGUUUCGAAAGGUUUUCGCGCCAAUGCCGGAUGAUACGGCCAAGACCUGGUUUCAAUAUCAAAAUCUCUUCUGGAAACGCUACCUGGGUCCGGAUGGAUUACACAUGGCAAAAUGGGGCCAUGUUCAGAAGACUAACUUUGCCAGUGGCGAGGAAGGAGCCAGAGCAGUCAAGGAGGAGUUAUCGAAGAUACGAGGAACUCUGGUGGAGAUGCCGUUGGAGUUUUUGAUCAACACCAAUAUUCAGAUUGAGGAUCCUGGUUACAAUAUCGUCACAAGGCAGGGAUUGCUGUAA